AUGAAUAUCGAAGACCUUGCAAAAGAUAACGAGAAGGUAAAACCGUUGAAGAAGAAAGGUUACGAUGAUGUGGAGAUAAGCGAUUUAUCUGGAGGCGAUUCAGGAAAGUCAGGCAAGAAGAAGAAGGGUGAAAAAGAUAAAGAGGGAUCCAAAGAGAAAGAUAAGGAUAAAGGAGAAAAGGUAGGCUAA